UAACCUUUGGGGUCCAGCGUUUUGGCAGUGGGCGGUUUCGGGCCACACGUGUCACGUUUGGGCGAGACGCGCCGAGUGUGAGUUACUCAGUGCACGCGCGUGAGUGUGUGUGUCUGUGUGUAUGCACAUGUGGGUGUGUGUGUACAUGUGGGUGUGUGUGUGUACAUGUGGGUGUGUGUUUGUGUGUGGGGUGUUCACUAACGAGUCAUUCGUUCCCCCUGAGUCAUUGAACGCUCCACGAAACCACGGCGAGCGAAAAGACCGGCGAUCCAUCCCCGGGUGUCGAAGCAACAUUUGAAGAGCGUCGCUGCGUUGUUCAUUGAGUCAGUAGAGAGAGACAACCAUGUCGGCGAACGUGGACGAGCAGCGUGCGCGCUACGAGGCGGCCGGCCAGGGCCACGUGUUCCGCUUCUGGGAGCAGCUGUCCCAGGGUCAGCGCGACACUCUGCUCUCCCAGCUGAAGGACACCGACCCCGAGGAGGUGGGGCGAUCCUACCGGGCGAUGCAACGUGGGCAGCCCGAGGCUCCGGAGGACGUGAAGCCGGUGCCGGAGGACGCGUUUGGCAGCAUGGCGCGCUCCCCCGCCAGCCUGCUCAGCCAGUGGGAAAAGCAGGGCCUGGAGCAGAUCGCCGAGGGGCGGAUGGCAGUGCUGCUGCUGGCCGGAGGGCAGGGCACGCGUCUCGGCAUGUCGUGCCCCAAGGGCAUGGUGUCGGUGGGACUGCCCUCGGGGAAGUCCCUCUUUCAGCUCCAGGCAGAGCGCAUUCGUGCCCUGCAGAGGCUGGCCGGCACCGCUAAGCCCGUGCCCUGGUACAUCGUGACGAGCGCCCACACGCAUGCCCCCACCGAGGCUUUCUUCCGGGAGCAGGCCUGGUUCGGGCUGGAUCCGGACUCGGUGCGCUUCUUCCAGCAAGGCCAGCUGCCGGCGCUCACCGCCUCCGGCAAAAUCAUCCUGCAGGACAAGGGGCUCAUAGCCAUGGCUCCCAAUGGUAACGGCGGCGUGUACCGCGCACUCAGCUCGUCGGGCGCGCUGGCCGACAUGCAGGCACGCGGUGUGCGCCACGUGCACGCCUACUGCGUGGACAACGUGCUGGUGCGUGUCGGGGAUCCCGCAUUCCUCGGCUUCUGUAUCCACAAGAACGCCGACUGCGGCGCCGAGGUGGUGGAGAAGGUGGACCCCACAGAGCCCGUGGGCGUGGUGUGCCGGGUGGGCGACCACUAUCGCGUGCUUGAGUACAGCGAGAUCUCGUCCGAGUUGGCAUCACGGCGGGGCAGCAACGGCCGCCUGGAGUUCAGCGCCGCCAGCAUCUGCAACCACUACUUCAGCGUCGAUUUCCUGGAGGAGGUGGUGCGGAAGUACGAGCCGCAGAUGCUGUACCACGUGGCGCACAAGAAGGUGGGCUACGUGGACGACGAGGGUCGACCCGUGGCACCCGACAAGCCCAACGGCAUAAAGAUGGAGAAGUUCAUCUUUGACGUAUUCCCGUUCUCAAAGAACUUCGCCGUGUUCGAGGUGCUGCGUGAGGACGCCUUCUCGCCGCUGAAGAAUGCAGACAAGCCGGGCCAGGUGGAUUGUCCGAGUACGGCGCGGAAAGCCGUGUAUAGCCUACACGCACACUGGGUGGAGAAGGCGGGGGGCCACGUGAGCAGUGGCUCUGGCGGAGUGGUGUGUGAGAUAUCGCCACUUGUGUCCUACGCCGGUGAGGCUCUGCAAGAACACGUCAAGGGCAAGACUUUCCCUUCACCAUUCGUUCUGGAUUAGUAGAGAGUUUGAAGAAGUGGUCGUGCGAAAAAAACCUUCUGCUAUAAAUACAUUAACACUGUCAUCACAAUGUGAGAAACGGUAGCGUUGUAAAAUAAUAAAAUAAAAUCAGACAAAAUUCUCACGACGUUUCGGCCACAACACAAGUAGCCUUCAGGUGAA